GGACCGCCCGAAAUGGCCUCCAGAGCCCGCUCCCCGGCUGGCUGGCAGCACGGAGGUAGUGGCAUUGCCGGGACCUUGAGUUCCCAGGCUAGGCAGCGGCGUCGCAUCGCAGUGGCUACGGGGGUGGCUGGAGGGCUUGCUUUGUCCUCCGGCAGCGAGAGCUGAGUGCGCGCGAGGGAUUGGCAGCCGGCAGGCAGCCGUUGGGGCGCCACGCUGGCUCCCAGGGGAGAGCCGGCCGCCGCCGUGCAGGCUCAGAGCCGCGGGACCAGCCAAGCACCACCAGGCCCGGGGGUCCAACAUGGAUCCUGAAGACGACAACGCACGCUCGGGGGUCUCGAAAUCCGGGGGGCAUCAAUCCCGCUCAGUACACAUCGCAGGUGGGGUGCAUCCGGAGCGCUCGGCGACAUCCACAAGCUCGGUGCGGGACACAAGCGCGGCGCGCUCAGCAUCCCGGGAGCGCACCGUACCCAUACUCAAGCCCACGGCAAGAGUCGCGACCCCCAGCCAAAAGGAGAGGAAGGCCAUACAAAAGCGUGCUGAGGGCCGGGCCAAAGUCCCGCCCAAAUUCAGGGACAGCUUCAAGCGUUUUUUCUUCUCGCCCACAGGAGUCUUGAAGAUCAUUAGGCUGGGCCUUCUCAUAGGAGCACUAGUUUGUUUCAUCGUCGCUGAAGCCGAGGAGUCCUAUAUAGCAAUCACAGUCCUGGAAACCUGCAUCGUUCUUUUUUUCAUUCUAAUAUAUAUGGUAACCCUUCACCACUUGGUGACUUAUUUACAUUGGCCCUUACUUGAUCUUAUCAACAGUUUCAUUACUGCUGUGUUCCUUUUAAUAGUUGCCAUCUUGGCGAUGCAAGAAAAAGAGAGAAGGCAUUUAUUCUAUGUUGGAGGGUCCCUGUGUCUCACAGCGGCAGUCGUGUGUCUCAUCGAUGCGACUGUGGUCACCAAGGUGAUGAGGAACACCGUGAAAAAUGCCCUGGGAAUAGAAACCCAAACCAGCGCUUCCCCCGCGCAGGAAGCCAUCCCACCCACAAGGGGAAGCCCAAGGGCACCUACAAGGAUAACCAUGAAACAGCGCAACCGGCGCGUGCCAGUGCGCACGUGGGGGCUCUGGGCGCCGCUGCCACGGGAGGCCACGCUUCCAGCCAACCCGACCCGAAGGCGGGAAGCAGCGGCUAGGGCCCCGGGGCAGCCUCGCGAGGCCUCCAUGGGGGCUGGGCGCAGAGGCUCGACCACCAGCGGAGGUGGAGUGCAGGCGGAGGGCUUCGGCGCAGGGGAUGGGCGGCCCCCAGCAGAGCCGCGCUAG